AUGGCUUUCGCUUCAGCUACCGCUUUAAUGACAUCGUCGUUGCGUCGUCGUGGUGAGCGGAUUAAAGAACAUAUCAAGCAGAAGAAGUCGCCCUCUGGCUGGGUGCUACCGAGGCAGAUGACAACUUUCGCCGACGAAGAUAGCUGGUCUAACAUCGACUCCGGCGUGACUCCUAUUGAGCGACGAACCUGGUCAACAUGGACUGUCCUGGGUUUCUGGUUCAGUGAUGCGCUCAAUGCCCAGGGCUGGGAGUGCGCAGCCUCUAUUAUCGCCAUUGGGCUCACAUGGAGGGAAGCUCUCUACUGUCUCAUCAUCGGCUAUUCCAUGGUCACUAUUCCUCUUGUGCUCAACGGAGCCAUCGGUGCCCACCUCCACGUCAAUUUCGCCGUGGCCUCACGUUCUUCUUUCGGAUUCUACCUCUCACGAGCAGCAGUCGUCAUUCGCAUGAUAACUGCACUGUUUUGGCACGCCAUCCAAACAUACACCGGAUCAACAGCCAUGACGCAAAUCAUUCGCGCCAUCUGGCCCUCAUAUUUGAACAUUCCGAACUCGCUUCCUGCAUCCGCGGGUAUCACGUCACAACAAAUGUGUUCUCAUAUUCUGUUCUGGAGUCUCCAGUUUCCUUUGCUACUGAUCCCGCCACAUAAGCUCCGUUGGUUCUUCGUGUUCAAGACGGUCGUUGUUUUAGUCACGUCGGUCGCGACGGUCAUCGCGCUAUGCGUUCAGGCAGGUGGCGCCGGUGAGAUUUGGGCACAACAAGCUACCGUUUCAGGCUCUGCCAAAGACUGGAUGAUUCUUCAGUCUAUGUCAAGUAUUACUGGAUCAUGGCUUACGAUGGCAACUAAUAUUCCUGACUUUACCCGUUACCUGAAGAAAUCCAAUGGAGUGUAUUGGCAGGCGCUCUUCAUGCCAUUCCUCGCAUCAUUGAUUGGCGUCUUCGGCAUAAUUGCGGCAAGUGCUGGUAAGGUUCUCUAUGGUAGUUAUAUCUGGGACCCCGUCCAAUUAGCCGCACAGUGGGAUGGGCCAAGUGGUCGUUGUGGCGCCUUUUUUGUUGGCCUCUCCUGGGUCAUAGCCCAGAUCGGAACGAACAUUUCGGCCAAUGUUAUUUCAUGCUCAAAUGAUAUGACAACCCUUUGGCCUAAGUAUAUCAAUCUUCGGCGGGGAGCCAUAAUCACAACCAUUAUGGGAGGCUGGGUAAUGGUACCGUGGAAAAUUAUCUCCUCGGCGUCUUCCCUGUUGACUUUUAUGGCCUCACUCGCCGUUUUCCUGGCCCCAAUUUCCGCCAUUAUCGCAGCUGAUUUCUGGAUUGUCAAGAGGAAGCAUAUUGACAUUCCAUCUCUAUAUCGGCGUCGGGGCAUAUACCGAUAUAAGGGAGGAUUUAACUGGCGUGCAGCUGUUGUCUUCCUUAUUUCCAUUGCUCCUAAUCUUCCGGGUAUGGCACAUGCUGUGACGCCAAGUCUUUCCGUGGGCACGAUCAAUCGUAUCUACGACAUUAGCUUCAUGUGGGGUUUCACCAGUGCGUUUGUUAUCUACUGCGCGCUGAACUAUUUCUGGCCAGCGACCGAGACGCUCGUUCAGUGUACCAUUUCCGACGAAAUGACGAUGGUGAACGGCGUCCCGGUUUACAAUGAUGGGCAAGCAACCAUGUCAGAAGGGAAACUUGAAGCGAAAUCCAUUUCACCGGUGAUCAGUUCUGUUUGA